AUGGUCGCGACUUCAAUGGCCACACCGCCACCAGCUCGAUCGUCAACUACGGUUGCCCAUGACCACCACCACCACCACCAUGCCACCAAUCCCUCCUCCCCAAGACCUGUUGCUCAACAUGCAUCGGAUAACAAGGUCCAUUCCACACUCCCCUCUCGACGUUUGUCAUUGCCUGAUAUGAGAGAACUACGCUCUGAAUGGGCUCGUCGUGAAGCUCUACAAAUAAACGCCCUACCACCAGGCAAACUACAAAUUGAUUUGCUCAAUGUGCGAUCUGAUGUCAAGGUGAAACGACCCUUUGUACGUUUAAGGAUGGGACCACAGCGAUAUUUUUCAUCAUGUUCCAAGGCGUCGCAUGGAGACUGGAACGAGGGGUUCCUGUUUACGAUAUCCUUCCAUAAUCAGCUGUUUGACACAAUUGAGCUUGAUCUCUUUGACAGACGCAAUGGAUGGCGUUCUAAAACUCGUCAUAUCGGCAAAGCUAAGCUGAGACUCUUGCAACUCAACAAUCGAGAUGAUGUUUUCCUUACGUUCAUUCCGAUGUAUGAAUAUCACACUCGUCGUUAUCUGCCCGCCCAUAUUCAGCUGCCACACAACUUUCUCAAAUCACACAUUCCUCGAUUUCGCACUCAAGAACAAGCGAGUUAUCGUGAACAGCAUCCAAGCCAUCGCAAACAUUCAAUGACACCAUUGAUCGGCUCCGUGCAAGUACGAGUACGCUACUCUUAUCAAAAGCCUCCCGACAUGCAUGAUACACUCUCUCCAGUAUACAAGGAUGCUGAUACGCAUAGCAUAGUCAGCAGCUUUAUGGAUCGUAGCACAUUGGCUUCAUCUCAAAGUGGCAAGAGCAGGAAUAGCGGCAACAGCAUGGUCACCUUGAGCAGCGUAGGAACGCAUAAUACUACUAUGAGCAGUAGCGGUGAAACGACAACGUCAGCAGCAGGCCGUGUCCAUAGCAGCAGCAGUAGCAGUAGUGGUAGCAACAGCAGCGAUGAUGAUGAUGACCACGACAAUGAUGUCACUGAAAAAUCAUCAUCAGAAAUGGAGGACUUUCAUGAUGCGGUUGAACCCAAUCUUGUUCUUGUGGAUGACCCAUCAGCGAUUCCAUCGUCACGAUCUUUGGCCCCACCUCCCAACAAACCAAGUAUUGGAACGAUUGGACGACAAUCAUCCAUUGAUUUGGUCUUUCGGAAGCAGUUGUACAACAAGUUGGCUCGUCGCACAGAAAGUACCCGAAGAUUGGAUACCAGCACGACGACAGCAGCAGCAGCGGAUGCCGCCGCUGGUGGCUAUGGCUUCUCAAGAUCCGACAUGGAGAAUAGGCGACGUACUGUCAAGCGAAAGAAUUCUGAAUCGAGUAUCAGGAGUCAUAACUUUGGAGACAAGAAUUUUGCAUUUCGAUGGAUCAAUGAAUCAUUCGAAGAGGUGGCGCUUGCUCAUCCAAGUCUAGACCGGAUGAUCGGCUUUGUUGUCAGUCCGCAAACUCGAAUCUUGGUCCGUGCUGUUGUCAAGAUCUUUACCGGUUUUGGACAAGGUUUUAGAAUCACGGGGAUUCAGCUGCUCUCGUGUCUUUCACUCUUGCAAAAUUUCUAUGCUGAUAUACCUAGACCACCUCCUGCAGAAAAGGUAUCGGAUCUUAGAUUCCUAGACAAAGCAAACUACUUUUUGGGACAUGCCAUUAUUGCCUAUGGUUGGAGAGGUCUUUCUUAUCUUGGAGAUUAUGCAAAGUACUUGAAAGAUGUCAUGAAGACUCGAUCCAAUAAGGAAGCCAUUGUGCGAUAUCUCAAGAUACCUCAAGAAGACCUUUUGGGAUACGAAUAUGGUCUACGCAAAGGAGCAGUAUUCCAGCCGAGUUAUUUUGUGUCCAUUGAUCGUGGUUAUGAAGCCAUUGUCCUUGGUAUUCGUGGCACAUGGAGUUUAUACGACUGCAUUACCGAUCUUGUGUGCGAGUAUCGGCCAUGGAAAGGUGGACUUGUUCAUGCAGGCAUGCUGGCAUCAGCACAAUGGUUCUUUACGCGCAUCAUUCCACAAAUCUUUCAUUAUAUCCACGAGAAUUGCAAAUCAGAGACACGCCCCAUUUCAUCGUUUAUCAUCACGGGACACUCGUUGGGUGCUGGUACUGCAGCUUUGAUCACCAUGAUGGUUGCUGAUCACAUUGAUGAGCUGAGACGAUUAUCUGACAACCCCAACUUUCAAGUGCAUUGUUACAGCUAUGCACCUGUGGCAUCCGUAUCAUUGGAUUUAAGCGAAAAGUAUUCCGAAUACAUUGACAGCUUUGUAUGUCAAGAUGAUUUGGUGGCACGAUUAUCUUAUGGCACGGCAAGUUGUUCCAAAGAGCUGAUUAUGGAUACAAUGAUCUCUGUCGAUGGUCUCGGUGGCAGUAGCAAGAUCAACUCGGAUACUAAAGCACGCAAGGCUUGUUUUGAUAUCAUUGAGACACGACGUCAAGAGAUCUUUUAUUCAAAUGAGCCUCGUUAUCCACUACUUUACAUCCCUGGCCAAGUAUACCAAUUUCAUCGACAGCCCUCUGAAGGCAACAAAAAGAGACGCGCUUCCACAACCGAUGAUGCAGUGCCAACACGAAGCCCAUCAAAACGAGAAGAAAGUAGCAAAGCAUCAUCAUCACGACGUGCAUUUUCUUUGUUGGAUGAUAUGCCAGUGAGUCAUUCAGAACCAGCAUUAUUGACAUCCAAAUCAAAUGGGAAUGGACGUCCAAGGAAUAACUCGAUCGACGACCCCAAUGACAAUACCAAUCUAUUCACUCUUCACAAAGGAUCGCCUCAAUUAUCCAAAGAAAUGCUCAUCUCAAAGACAUGUCUCGAGGAUCAUAUGCUGGUAACCUAUUUGAAUGCCUUCCAAGCCGUUCGUCAGGAUUGCAUGCGUGAGCUACGACAACAACAAAGAAAGCAAAACGCUGCUGCUACUACUGCUGUGCUUGCAAGUCGUCAAUCUUCUACAUCAUCCAGCAGCCGAUCUGAAUCACCUGUCCCGAGUAUUCAAAUUGAAGAUCCCGAGGGUAAAGUGGAAGUAGCUAAUACCACCAUCACCACCACCGUCACCGUCACCGCUGCCGCUGCUGCUACUGCAUCAUCAUCUUCAUCACCAUCAUCAUAA